GCAGUGGGGCCAGGCCCUAUAGGUGCCUACAGGGGGGGGCAGUCAGACCCUACAACCCAUUGCCAGGCCGGCCCCUGCCCUACAGCGAUGCCAACCCGCCUGCAGCCCACUGAGCUCGUCCCCCCCCUCAACUUCUCCUUCUUCCCACUGCAAUCCCUGCAGGACCUGAGCCCCAAGGGCAGCCCUUCUCCCACCCUGGCCCUCCGCCUGCCCUACACCGGGCUGAGCAGCCUGGAGGGGCUGCACCCCAUCCUGCAGCAGCUCCUGGCUGACCCCACACAGCUCCGUUGGCUCGACCUGUCCUUCAACUGCCUGACCACCAUUGACCAGGUGCUGAGCACGCUGGGGGGGCUGCAGAGCCUCUACCUGCAUGGCAACACCAUCAGCUGCCUGAGGGAGGUGGACAAACUGGGGGCUCUGAGCCAGCUGCGCCGCCUGACGUUAUAUGGGAACCCUAUGGAGGAGGAGGGGGGCUACAGGCGCUACGUGUUGGCCCUGCUGCCCCAGCUCAGCACCCUGGAUUUCAGUGCUGUGACCCCACAGGAGCGCAGGGAGGUGGCCGUGUGGGGAGGCACCCAGAGGCGGCCCCGACCCCACCGAGCUUCAGAAUGA